AUGUCGACGUUUAAUGGACUUCUUCAAGAAAUUCCGGGCAUCUCGAUCGAUUGCUUCGAAGGGGAUAACUUGCAGUCCUCUAGUUAUUUUUUAACGCAUUGCCAUACUGAUCACAUGAGAGGACUGUGUUAUGACUUCUUUGAUCACUUGGCUAAACAUGAUAAGCCUUUUUACUGUAGUCACAUAAGCAAAUCUUUUUUGAUAAAUAAGUAUCCGAACUUGGACUCUAAAUUUUGUGACAAACACAUUUUUGAAUUGCCUAUGGAUGAAACGAGAAUCUUAACUUAUAACUAUCAUAAUGUAGUAAUGACGCUAACAGUGUGUUGUGUAUCGUCUGGACAUUGUCCUGGAGCUGUGAUGUUUCUUUUUAAUUUUAAUAAUAAAAGAAUUUUGUAUACCGGUGAUUUUAGGAUAAACAAAGAAGAUUUUCCAAAGUUAAAGUCAUUGCAUUACGGUAAUGCCACUCAACUUUUGCCACUGCCCAUUGACAAAGUUUAUUUAGACACAACUUUUAUGAACUUAAAUUUUUUGGAAUUCCCUUCUAGAACGGAAAGCUCUAAAGAGUUGUGUUUAGCUGUUAAAGAAUGGAUUGACAAAGAUCCUAGAAAUGUCGUUAUUUUAGAAAUAUCAGCUCUGUAUGGUAGUGAGUUCAUUUACAUGGAACUUAACAAAAAAUUAAAUAAAAAAAUUCAUGUGAAAGACCACGUGUAUAGAGUUUACAGCAGAAUGAGUAUACUCGCUGAUUGCGUUACUAAUUUAGGUGAAACUACUCCAAUCCAUGCAUGUACGAAUAAAAGCUUUCUAAAACCAGUAGGGCUAAAGUGCAGAGAGGAUGUUCAAUCCCAAAACAUUUUAACAAUAAUUCCAUCUGUUCAAAAGUGGGCUGGGAAAAAUACAGCGGUCAUCAUUGAGUGGGAUAAAGUUAAAAAACAGACGAAAAACGUUUGCUACUCGACACAUCCUUCAUACAAUGAAUUGAAUUCUUUUAUCAUGUAUUUUAAACCCAAAGAAAUUUUUCCAUGCGUAUGUCACGAAACUGAAAAGCAAAAUAUUAAUUAUUUAUUAGAUAAAAUAAUGUCCGAGGUGCAUGGUACUAAGGAUGUUGGUGAUAGCUCUAAUCCAAGUUUACAUUUUUCGAAACAUAAAAUGUUUAAAAAAUCUAUUAAUAAAUCUGAUCUUCUGAGUGAUGAUGAUGACAGUGACGAUUCUUGA